AUGCUGCCACGGGCUGCUGCCAUUGCGCUGCUGGUCCUGGUCUUGCUAGCCACCGUUCAGCCGGUGGCCUUUGCAAAGAAGAGCUACUACGACGUGCUAAACGUGCCCAAGCAGGCAAGCGAGCAGCAGAUCAAGCGCAGCUACCGCAAGCUCGCGCUGCAGUACCAUCCGGACAAGGUCAGCGGGAGCGAGGAGCAGAAGGCAGAGGCGGCCAAGCGCUUCGCCGACAUCAACCACGCGUACGAGACGCUUUCGGACCCUGAGAAGCGUGAGAUCUACGAUCAGUAUGGCGAGGAGGGCCUCAGGCAGCACCAGGGGCAGCAGGGCGGCGGCCGCGGGGGGCCCGGCAACAUCUUCGACUUCUUCUUUGGCGGCGGGGGCGGCCCCUUUGGCGGGAUGGGCGGGGAGGAGGAGGAGCAGAUCCCCAAAGGUGACACGGUGGUGGUCGACCUGUUUGUGACGCUGGAGGACCUGUACAGCGGCCGCGAGAUCCCCGCAACGCGCGACAAGGCCGUGUUUGUGCCGGCCCCCGGGAAGCGGCGCUGCAAGUGCCGGCAGAAGCUCACCACGCGGCAGCUGGGGCCUGGGAUGAUCCAGCAGUUCACGCAGCAGGUGUUGUGCAGGUUGAUUUGA